AUGUCGCAGCACCACCGGCCCUGCGCACUCAACUUCCUCGAUGACCGUUACUUCGCCACCGACGACGCGGACGAUAACGUCAGUAGGGAGGAGGCGGAGGUUGCUUCCUGGCUCCUCCACAACCCACCACCGGGGGGUAAUUCACCGGAUCUGAACAUGGGCCAGAGUAUGUUCCCCAAAAUGGACCCAUACCUGGAGGAGGCGAAUCUUGCACCGGGAGAGGAGGAUUAUCACUGUCUAAAUUCCGGACAUGACUUGAUUUGGUUGGUAACGAUCAUGGAGACGAUUGAUAUCUAA